AUGGCUGACAACAGUUUAGUAACUUUUGGGACCCCUCGGAGUUUGCUGGUGGAUUCAUCCGUAUAUGAUUCGAGGCUCGAAGAAACCAUUAAGGACCAUGUACUUCUCGGCAUGGAAUGUGAUGACGGCGAAGAUAUGCCAAAAGUGGAGACGAGAAUUGUUCUGGUGGGAGAGGCCAGCAAAAAUGCCGACCUGGUCAAAGCACUUCAAGCUUCAAUUGUCAAUAUGGAAAUUACUACUCCUGUCAUAAUAACAAACGACGUGCGGGAGUUUAAGGAUGAAGAGAACACAGAUUAUGAGACUGUGUUUGUCCUGGAUGAUUUUAAAUCAGCAGAUUAUCAUGACCUCUAUCAACGUGAUAACAGAAUUAUUGGUCCACCUGUUGUGCUGCACUGUGUUUUAAAGGAGGAACCAAUUCCGUUUUCAUCCCGCCCUCUUUACUCCACGACGAUGCUGAACCUAUCGCUCUGUUUCACUGGCUUCAGGAAUAAGGAAGAAAUCAAAAGCUUGGUGAAUCUGGUUCAUCACAUGGGCGGCAUCAUCCGGAAAGACUUCAGCACAAAGGUGACACACCUCAUCGCGCGCUCCACUCAUGGUGAGAAAUACACGCUGGCCGUGUGUAUGGGGACGCCGAUCCUCACUCCGUCGUGGAUCCACAAAGCUUGGGAGAGAAGAAACGAUCCGUCGUUCCACGCCGGGGUUGAGGAUUUUCGAACGGAAUUCAAAGUUCCUCCGUUUCAAGAUUGCGUCCUCAGUUUUUGGGGGUUUUCAGAUGACGAGAAAACCAAUAUGGAAGAGAGGACCCUCAAACACGGUGGCAAACAUCUGGACGUCGGAAAUGAAAGAUGCACACACUUGGUGGUGGAUGAAAAUUCGGUGACGGAGCUCCCGCGUUGUUCUCCGAAAGUCUUUGUGGUUAAACAGGAGUGGUUUUGGGGGAGCAUUCAAAUGGAUGCUCGAGCUGGAGAGUCCAUGUACCACUUUGAGAAGAAUGUUGUCAGCCCAGCCAUGAAGAAAGCCGUGUCCCUCCUCUCCCUCACCACCCCGACUAGUAACCGCAAGCGUCGGCAUUUGAAGGACACGCUUGCUCAGCUCGCAAAGGAGACGGAGAUAUCGCCCUACCCUCCACCACCUAAAAGGCCAUCAGCAGAACAUUCGCAGUCUUUGGGCUCCUUGCUGGACCUCACCAUCACACCUGACACAUGUAAAGCCUUCUCGGGAAGUUCGAAGCAGUCCAAAAGUGCGAUCCUGCCCAAGAAAUCGGCCCGCUGGCAAGUUUCCAAGGAGCUCUAUCAAACUGAAAGCAACUACGUGGACAUUUUGAACACCAUACUGAAGAUCUUCAAGCUUCCGUUGGAAAAAGAAGGUCAGGUAGGUGGUCCUAUUCUGGCCCAAGAAGAAAUCAAAACAAUAUUUGGAAGCAUCCCAGACAUCUAUGAGGUUCACAGAAGGAUGAAGAGUGACCUUGAGGACCUCUUGAGAGAGUGGUCAGAAGAAGCAAGUGUAGGAGAUGUUAUCCUUAAAUAUUCAAAAGAGCUUCUGAAGGCCUACCCGCCCUUUGUCAACUUUUUUGAAAUGAGCAAGGAUACCAUCGUUCGCUGUGAGAAACAAAAGCCACGCUUCCAUGCGUUUCUGAAGAUCAACCAAGCCAAGCCAGAAUGCGGACGGCAGGCGCUUGUGGAGCUGCUCAUCAGACCUGUUCAGAGGCUUCCUAGCGUGGGUCUACUUCUAAAUGACAUAAAAAAGCACACAUCGGAUGACAACCCAGACAAACGGAAACUGGAGAAAGCAAUUGAGUCUCUGAAAGAAAUUAUGACUCACAUUAACGAAGACAAGAGGAAGACCGACGGUCAGAAGCAGAUCUUUGAUGUAGUCUAUGAAGUCGACGGUUGUCCCGCCAACUUGCUCUCCUCCCACCGCAGUCUGGUUUACAAAGUGGAAACGAUUGCACUCGGAGAUCAACCGUGCGACCGCGGCGAGCAAGUCACACUCUUCCUCUUCAACGAUUGUUUGGAGAUCGCAAGGAAGCGACACAAAGUCAUCAACACUUUUAAAAGUCCGCUAGGUCAAACCAGACCGCCACCUUCACUGAAGCACAUCGCUCUGAUGCCACUGUCCCAAAUUCGUAGAGUUCUGGACCUUCAAGACACCGAAGAAUGCGUGAACGCAUUUGCUCUAGUCGUUCGCCCGCCGACUGAACAGGAGAACAUGUUGUUCAGCUUCCAGUUGGCUGGAGAAGAAACGGUGAAAAGCGACUGGCUGAAAAAACUCUGUCGACACAUCGCCAACACAACCUGUCGGACACACGCCGGCGAUCUAAUUCACUGUACCGAUCCCGACACACUACAGGUGAGCACAAAAGAUAUGGGCAGCACCCUCAGCAAAGCCUCAAGAGCCAUCAAGAAGACUUCCAAAAAGGUGACCAGGGCAUUUUCUUUCUCAAAAAUGCCAAAGCGUGUCAUUCACAGGGCAUUUAUGUCCAACAAUACACCUGAAGAUAAAAGAUUUCGAUUGAGCUCUGCAAGCCACGGCAGCGCAACGCUACCCAUGUCUCGCUCUACCUCCACGCACAGUUUGAGUGACUCUCCCAAAAGCAGUAAUGCAGUGCAACGUUCUAACUCCUUGGAUCCACACCCUCUAAAUACCAGAGUUCCUGUUUGUAAACUCACUUCUCACAGCCCCACCCAGAAUAUUACUCACUCUAGCUUUGACGUGGAAACCCAUGGAGACCAAAACCUCUCCCCUAACUGCUACCCCAGAUACCGAGCGGCCAGGUCCCCCACCCUCGAAACUCUUUUCUAA